AUCUUAAGAGGGAGAGAGCAAGGAGGAAGAGCUUGGUGGGGGAGCAGGACCUUCCCGGGGUACACUGGGAGUGGGGGCACAGAGUGGCUGUUUUAUAACUGGGAUCCUCGGUGACGUAUGGUCGCCUGCUCCUUGGCAGCUGUCUUUAUGGACCAGUAGGCAGAGCGAAAUUGACGCUGACAAGACUUUUGCAUCUUGGAUGGCGCUGUAAUCUACUGUAGUGAAGAACAGAGCCUCUCAAUCAGACGGGUGUAAAGAAGAGAGACGGAGGGGAGUCCAAAAGAAAAGGAAGAGGAGGGGGAAAAGUGUGUGUUGGGGGGAAGCAGGGAAAAGCAUUUUUGGUGGAUGGUAUGAAGCCAGCCAUGGAAACUGCAGCCGAGGAAAAUACUGAACAAAGCCAAGAGAGAAAAGUGAACAGCAGAGCUGAAAUGGAAAUUGGCAGGUACCACUGGAUGUACCCAGGCUCAAAGAACCAUCAGUACCGUCCUGUGCCAACCCUGGGGGACAGGGCUGGCCCCUUGAGCAGUCCAGGUUGCUUCGAAUGCUGCAUCAAGUGUCUGGGGGGAGUUCCCUAUGCCUCCCUGGUGGCCACCAUCCUAUGCUUCUCGGGAGUCGCCUUGUUCUGUGGCUGUGGGCAUGUGGCUCUCGCGGGCACCGUGGCAAUUCUUGAGCAACACUUUUCUACCAACACCAGUGACCAUGCCUUGCUGAGCGAAGUGAUCCAGCUGAUGCAGUAUGUCAUCUAUGGGAUUGCAUCCUUUUUCUUCUUGUAUGGCAUCAUUCUGUUGGCAGAAGGCUUUUACACCACAAGUGCAGUGAAGGAGCUGCACGGUGAGUUUAAAACAACUGCCUGUGGCCGAUGCAUCAGCGGAAUGUUCGUUUUCCUCACAUAUGUGCUGGGAGUGGCCUGGCUGGGUGUGUUUGGCUUCUCUGCAGUGCCCGUGUUCAUGUUCUACAACAUAUGGUCAACCUGCGAAGUCAUCAAGUCCCCACAAACCAACGGGACCUCCGGUGUUGAGCAGAUCUGUGUGGAUGUUCGGCAAUAUGGUAUCAUUCCUUGGAAUGCUUUCCCAGGCAAAAUCUGCGGCUCUGCCCUGGAGAACAUCUGCAACACGAACGAGUUCUACAUGUCCUAUCACCUGUUCAUUGUGGCUUGUGCUGGAGCUGGUGCCACCGUCAUUGCCCUGCUGAUCUACAUGAUGGCUACUACAUAUAACUUUGCGGUUUUGAAGUUUAAGAGUCGGGAAGAUUGCUGCACUAAGUUCUAAAUUGCAUAAGGCUGAUAAGGAGCAUUAGAGAGCUCGCUCGGCUCUAUAGCGUGAAUAUCACUGACCCUCCAGACUAAAGCAGAGUCUAGCUUUCUGCAGUUUGGCUACAGUAACUUGUAAAUAGCUUCAGUUAACUCACUUUGCAUGGUAGACUAAAUAAUAUGACUUACUGUAUGUGGAUGACAAAAGAAUGGGGUCUAGUUCCACAGUUUGAAAAGGAUUGUAAUUUACUGACACUGGUGAGCAUCCUUUGAAAAAUAAUUUUCUUGAACUUAAACUUGAAGCAGUAUCUCUAAAUGAAGUAUUAACACCCUGAAAUACCUGCAUUUUCCAUUAUUCUCGCUUGCUUGAUAACCAGCCUUAAUGACGGAAAGAAAACAAGUGCUGAAGAUGGAAGUUAUAACCUAAAUUUCAUUUUGCCAUACUCUUUUCUAGAAAAUAUUUUCCAAGUGUAUUUUAAAUUCCAUUUAAGAGGUUUUUAUAUCCAUGGUUCAUUCAUACCAAAUAAAUGCCCUUUCAAGUAGGCCACAUAAAUUUGAAGAAGGGUGUCACCCCAUUUGAUUUUUCUAAAAAAUGAUUACAUAUUUUUGGUAACACUGUCACUUCUUCAGAACACACAAAACUAGUAACUUCAAAUUGUCUUGGUGAAUAGUGACUGUUCCCUCCUAACUAGGUUCUUAAGUGGCAUGUAGGAUUUUAAUGGGAAGAGAAGUUGGGUCCAGAUCUGAAGGUCUCAUCUAUGUUGAGAAGGAAGUAUGAUAUGAGAAGAAAGUAUGGCAUUUAAGGAAACUGAGCUGUGUAGAUUUAUGUUUCAGGCAAUAGGAAAAUACACAGGAAGGAUGUGUCUUGUCACAUAAACUGUAAAGAAUGACAAGGACUUUUAUGUGAAAUGAACUUAGAGGAAAUGAAGUAAUGGCAGUUACAAAAGGAAGAAUAUGGGUUUCACUGCUAAAAUGUGUAAACAUAUAGACUGCAUACUUUCAAUUUUGGUUUUAACAUUUAAUUUUUCCAUGUUAAAUAUAUAGUUCUAUAAUUAUUUACUCAAAAUAAACAUUUUUCACACUUGUAGGCCUUUGGGGGAUUUUUUUUUACCCACAGAUAAGUCUUUAUCUUACAUUUUUAACCUAAAAAGCAAUGUUUCUGAACCUCUACAUUUGUCUUUAAAAUUACUCUCAAAGUGGUGAAGAGCACUGCCAUGUAUUUCAUUUUCACUUCUUAACAAUAACUCCGGCCAUUUUAUUCCCAAGUUUACUAUAUUUGCAUACUAACUUUUCUUCAGCCUCUUAGUGUGAAGCCAACUAGUAGAGCACCCUGUGCGUCUGCCGCCCUGCUAGCAGGAGAGCAUUACUAGUGAAUAACCCUCGCCCAGCUCCAGCUGACCCGUCUAAUCUGACUACCAGCUCGCUUUGCCUUCUCACAUGCUCACUAGCCAUCAUGCUCACCCUUCUUUUCCAGAUCCACUUCCUCAUGAUACUGUCUUCUAACUGGGCUUACUUAAAGGAUGCAAGCAAAAUGCAGGCUUACCAGGAUAUCAAAGCAAAGGAAGAACAGGAACUGCAAGAUAUCCAGUCUCGAUCAAAAGAACAACUCAAUUCUUACACUUAAAAGCGUUUGCCAGAGUGUGUCAGCCGACGAAUUUACAGCUCUGACAAAUCAUCAGACAGCUGCUCUGCAGUACAGAUGUGUAUCCCACCAAACAAAUGUAGACAUACCAACAUUUCACUGUCUGUCUCAAGCUGCUGGGGUGGAUCUCUAGGAAAACCUUCCAGUGGGUAAAUCAUUUUCUUUAGAACAAAUAUUGGAGGUUUCAUGUUAGCCAUUUUAAAAGGCAACACUUUUGAAAGAAAGACCGUUCAUCCUUUGGAAAGUUGUGGCAUGUGCACAUGACUGCUAGAGCAGUUCUAACACAGGCUUACAUCAUGCUUCUUGAUGCGGACCUGUGGCAUGCCAGUAUCAAAGGAUGUGACUCUAGAUUUUCAUAUGCCACCUGUCCUCAAGCGUUAUCAAAAUAGAAUUGGUGUGAAGUUCAUUUCUGAUAGCUGACCUUUAUUAACCUUUGAUAAUGUCAUUCCUUCAAACCUGUAAAAAUUAGCAUCCCCAAUGUCUCACUCAUUCAUUUCCCACGCCACUCAGAAAUCUUAGUAAUGCUAAAAUGAGCUGCAAUUAUGCUAAAUUUAUCAGUGCAGAAGCUGGAUUCUGACUCGAGCUCUGCAAAGUCAGCUUUAUAGUAGCUCACAUCGUAACAAAAUGAUAGUGACGAUUCGGUGAUCACCAUUCUUGUUUGGAAAUAAAUGUCAGCUCUGCCUUAAUAUUUGCUUUAAAUUUUUAAGAAUUUAUACUGUAAGCUGAGACCCAAAAUCCCUUCAUAAAAUUCUGUUCCAUGAAUAUUUUUCUUAAGAAGUGUUACCUUGUUAAAAUGACCACCAUUCUAAACCAUUUUUAAGUGGUCUGGAUAGUGAGUUUACAGUUUCAUACCAACUAUCUAAAACCUAACUGCAAAUUGACCACAGACCUCCUACUUUUAUAGACUUUAAUACAUAAGUAAUUUAAAUUAGGACUGGUAUUUGUUUUCUUAUCUAAAUCUUAAUUUCCUGGAAUAAUAAUGUUUGAUGUUCAGCAAGAAAACUGCUUGAGUUUAAGCCAUUUUCAAAAGAAACUUGCCUUCUAACUCAUUGUGUUCCAGAAUAUUAAGUGACUAAUAGGUACUGGGUAUUAGUGAUGGUAAGUUUUGUGUUGUUCUUUCUGGAAUGAUCCAUACAUAUAACUGUGGGGUGCAUCAGUGCUUUUCAAAGGGGCUGCAUACUAUAGGGUUAACUAUGUAUAUUCAUGUUAAGAGUUACCUUGUGGUUAGGCUGUUUCCUGGAUUUUAAAACAUAUACAUGUGCAGAAAUGUAUUCAAAUGAAAGGAAGCAUACCUUUAUCAAGAUGCUAUUAAAAUCGAACAUCAACUAUCGUACUUCAUUUGGAUUUUUUUCUUUUGGUCAAUGCCGAAAAACGCCUAUUUGGGUUCUUUUUAAUUGGGAGACGCUCUCUUCUGUGUAGAACAGUUGUUCCAAGAUAGCUUAGUGUUUUGUUUUCCUGUUGCAUGACAGAGUUCAUAUUUUUUUCCAGCAGUGGAGGUGCUGUUAGAGUCCAGUGUUCUAGAAGAGGCAGUGUCUAAAGCCUAAUUUUACUUUUCUAAUUCUGGUAGCUAUUGCCAGGAAUUUAUGAACGUUUUGUUGAAGUAGUCUAAUAUUUUUUAUGUAAAGAGCAUUAAAUUUUGCUAUGUAUAAAUUUUUGUAACCUAACAGUGAAUCAAUAUUUUCUAUCAGUGCCAAGGGCUUCCUGUAGUUCUAUUCAAGUGUUACAAUAAAUAUUUGUAGAUAAUAGUCAAUACUUGUGUAUGCUUAUUUUAAAGAUCUAUUUAGGUGGAAAUAGUUGUGGAUGUACUAAAGAGUAAUGAAAUAAAAUUAUAGCUUCA